GGCGGGGCGGGGGGGGGGGACGUCAGGGACCUGCAGGCGAGGGUACUGGGUCUUGAGUCUGCUUCCGGUGCCCAGUCAGUUCCUUGGACCCUCUUCACCCGCGGGUGACCCGGCCCUGGGCAGGCGGCAGACAACAUGGAGAAAGCUAAAGACGCUGAGCAGAGCCGAGGUGAGGAGCCACCUCUGGACCAGGCAGGAUCUGAAAACAGCCCUGAGCAGCUGUCUCAGGAGGAGCAGAGCCAGCUGCUGUACCAUGAGGAGACCAUUGAUCUUGGUGGAGAUGAGUUUGGGUCUGAAGAGAACGAGCCCAUAUCCGAAGAUUCUCACAACUUUGUAGAAAAGCUUAAUGAGCACAUGAUGGAGAGCGUACUCAUCUCCGACUCUCCUAAUAACAGUGAGGGUGAUGUGGGCGACCUCAGCUGUCUGCAAGAUGUUGUGGAGCCCACAGAAGGUGGCUCUGAUCACAGACUGGAUAGCAUCACAGACAAAGAAAUGGAUAUCCUGAGUAACGACAGUGAAAUGGAAGGAGAUGAUACACCCAGAGAUGCUUCUGACAUGACCCCUGAUAGCAGAGCCUCUCUGAAAGAAGACUCAACACAGGAAGAUGUGACUGGCAUGUCUGCAUUGGGGAAUGCUAGCACCGGGGACUUGGGGCCCAGGGAUGGCCAAUCUCGCCCAGAAGAACAGGCUUCAGAGGUGUCCUCCAGCCAGUCCUCCUCUAAAGACGAACCCGUGCCAGUGUGCACCAUCUUCAACCAGGCCAACCAUGCCCCCUCCCAGCCGCACUUGUUUCUGCAGGAUGGCUUUGAGUCCCAGAUGGUGAAGUCUCCCAGUUUUAGCAGUGCCAGUGAGACCUCAGCCAAGACCCCUCCUCAGAUGGUCCAGCCCAGUCCCAGCCUGAGUAAAUUUUUUGGUGAUACAGUGAAUGCUAAUUCCCUGGCCUCUGAUUUCUUUGAUUCCUUCACCACUUCUACUUUCAUUUCAGUCAGCAAUCCCAAUGCAGGCUCUUCCGUUCCAGAAAAACUGUCUUCGCUCACUGCCCCUGUGGGAGAACAGUCUCCAGAUUCUGCCAGCCCCUCUUACUCUGUAGGGAUGGAAAGGUCAGAAUCGGGUGUUUCUUCCACCUCUCUGGAAAUCCCUGAGUCUCCAAAGCCAUUUUCACAGAUACAGGCUGUGUUUGCUGGGAGUGAUGACCCCUUCGCCACAGCCCUGAGCAUGAGCGAGAUGGACCGAAGGAAUGAUGCGUGGCUUCCCAGCCAGGGGACCAGAGAGGUCCUGAUGUCGGUGGCAACUCAGCAGUACAGCACUGUGUUCAUAGACAAGGAGAACCUCACCAUGCCAGGCCUCAAGUUUGACAACAUUCAGGGAGAUGCAGUUAAGGACUUGAUGCUUCGCUUCCUGGGUGAGAAAGCUGCAGCAAAGAGACAAGUCUUAACUGCCAGCUCGGUGGAACAGUCUUUUGUGGGUCUGAAGCAGCUCAUUAACUGCAAGAACUGGAGGGCAGCAGUCGACCUGUGUGGACGCCUACUCACAGCCCAUGGCCAAGGCUAUGGCAAGAGUGGGCUGCCCACCAGCCACACGACGGACUCCUUACAGCUCUGGUUUGUGAGGUUGGCGCUGCUGGUAAAGCUGGGUCUUUUCCAAAAUGCUGAAAUGGAAUUUGAACCCUUUGGAAAUCUGGACCAGCCAGACCUGUAUUAUGAAUACUACCCUCAUGUAUACCCAGGACGCAGAGGCUCCAUGGUCCCCUUUUCCAUGCGCAUUCUGCACGCGGAUCUGCAGCAGUAUCUGGGGAACCCGCAGGAGUCUCUGGACAGACUACACAGGGUCAAGACCGUCUGCAGCCAGAUCCUGGCUAACUUGGAGCAAGGUUUAGCUGAAGAUGGUGGCCUGAGCAGCGUCAGCCAAGAAAGCAGACAAGCUUCGGUUCAGCUGUGGAGGGCGCGACUAGGCCGUGUGCUGUAUUCCAUGGCGAACUGUCUGCUCCUGAUGAAGGACUACGUACUGGCUGUGGAUGCAUACCGUGCAGUAAUCAAGUACUUCCCAGAGCAGGAGCCACAGCUGUUGAGUGGCAUUGGCCGCAUUCUCCUCCAGCAUAGUUUCCUCCACUCCUGUCCUCUGUCCUCCCACCAAGCUGUUGGCUCACUGGUACCCAGACAGGACACCAUGUGUUUCCACUCUGCAGGAACUGUUUUCAUGCACAGACACCUUCCUCCUCCUCCACCCGUGUUGGUAGUGGUCAGAGUAUUUUGUCACAGCAAUGAAGAAACAAACCAGAACACCACCAGAGUUCACUUGAGAGCCAGGCAGUUGCCAGACCAAAGACUGCAGGGGAGCCAGGGAGAGGAUGCUAGAGCCAUGUGUGGUAUUGGAGACAUAAAAACUGCUGAAAAAUAUUUUCAAGACGUUGAGAAAGUAACACAGAAAUUGGAUGGACUGCAGGGUAAAAUAAUGGUUUUAAUGAACAGAGCCUUUCUGCACCUUGGCCAGAAUAACUUUUCAGAAGCUCACAAAUUCUUCACAGAGAUUCUGAGGAUGGACCCCACAAAUGCAGUGGCCAACAACAAUGCUGCUGUGUGUCUGCUUUACCUGGGCAAGCUCAAGGACUCCCUGCGGCAGCUAGAGGCCAUGGUGCAGCAGGAUCCUAGGCACUACCUUCAUGAAAGUGUGCUCUUCAACCUGACUACGAUGUACGAGCUGGAGUCCUCACGGAGCAUGCAGAAGAAACAGAGCCUGCUUGAAGCUGUGGCCAGCAAAGAAGGAGACAGCUUCAACACACAGUGCCUCAAGCUGGCCUAGUCCUCACCAGGUCUCUGUCCCGUGGACACCAGAAUAAAUGUAUCACUACCACUCUGGCAGGUUCAGUAAAAGCAUUUGACAGGCAUUCAGGAGCGUGUCUUGAGCUGAGGUUGCACCCUUAGCUGGGCCCACUCUCAGGCUACCACCUUGCCUGCUCUGCUAUUCCCACAUCACUGCCUGGUGGCUGUUUGGAUGGCAUUCAGAGACAGGAAGCCCAGGACAUUUUGGAUCCCUUUGGUUUGUUUCUGGAAGCUAAUGUGCUCAUUUAUCAGUUGUGAUUAUCCUCAGAGAAACAUCAGAUGCAAUGUCAUGCAUUCUCACUAUAGGCCUGAAUGUUCUAGAGAUUUUAAACACCAAACUCAGAUCACUGUGCAACGUUUUCCCUCCUCCACAUCCCAGACCAGAUGCCUCACCUUGAUUUGUCUGACUUUUUUCCCACCUGACAGAGGCCACCCUGAAUGGCCCAGGUUGAGAGACUCAGAACACAGCUGGGACAAGAAGCAUAUCUGAGCUGGGCAUGUAGCAUUUGUGCAUUCUUGUGUGCCUGAAAAUUAGUGUGUUUGCUUAAUACUUAUUAUUCCCACUUUGAAUAAAAAUGUAAGAUACCUGAAAAUAAAGCAUCUAGCUUUUCUAAUGCAUGUGGAGGCUGUGAUACACAGGGAUGGGGAUGUAGUAGAGCACAGUGUGGCCUGGUUUGCAUGAGGGCCUGGGUCCUGUUCCCAGCACCACAAACAAAAGGCUCAUCCAUGGCACAAAGCAAAGCUGCCUGUCUGUUCACUUUUAUAAUAAAGUAAAAAGAUACAGCA